CGAUACUAGAUCACGUGAGCCCGUUGAAAUUCUAGUCGUGUGUUUUUCUAUAAAUGUCUAUCUGGUUUUCCGUGUUUUUGCAUAGCUCUUCAAUUUUCCUGGAAUUUAUUAUAAAUAAUACAUUUAUCCCAGGUUAUAAGGCAUUUUGGAAGAUUUCGUGUGACUGAAGUUAUUGUAAUUGUAAGUUGAUUCAAAAUGGAAGACAACACCAAACCAUCUUCGUAUUUGGAUGACCCACCUAAUAGCAGGUUGUUUUUAGUAACUAGCAAAUCGAUCACCGAAGACACUAUUCGAGAUCAUUUUUCUACGUUUGGGGAGAUCCAGGACAUAUGGGUGGUAAAAGACAAACAUACGAAAGAGUCCAAAGGAGUGGCCUUUGUAAAAUUCUCCAAAUCCUCACAAGCUUGCACUGCCAUGGAAGAAAUGCACGGAAAAUGUUUGGUUGAAGGAACCAAACCCAUCAAGGUGUUCAUCGCUCAGUCCAGGUCAUCGGGAAGCCAUAGAGAUGUAGAGGAUGAGGAGUUGACUAGGAUCUUUGUAAUGAUCCCAAAGACAUUCACAGAGGAAGACAUGAAAGAAACUUUCAAGGACUAUGGAGACAUAGAGUAUUGUAUUAUUAUAAAGAACAAACUGACUGGAGAAAGCAAAGGGCUUGGAUAUGUGCGGUUCCAUAAGCCAUCACAAGCAGCAAUGGCCAUAGAGAACUGUGACAAAACGUUUAGAGCAAUCCUUGCUGAGCCAAGAACCAAAACUUCAACAACAGAAAAUGAAUAUUUUGGCAACUCUAGAUCUGAACAUAUGGCCAAUGAAUCAGGAAUGAGUGGAUAUCCUUUUAAUGCAGAUAACAACUACACAUCAGGGGACAUGUGGAAUAGUGACAUGAUCACCAGAUGUUUGAUGGUGUCUUCAAGGGCGGCCAUUACACAGGAGCAGGUCUACAGUCUCUUUGAUCUGAUCCCAGGGAUGGACUACUGUGAGAUGCAACGAGAUCAGUAUGGGUUCAGCAAGGGACAAGCAAUGAUUCGAUACAACAACCUUGGCUCUGCCGUAUAUGCUAAAGAGAAGCUGAACGGCUUUGAAUACCCACCUGGUAAUCGUCUUGUUGUGACUUAUGUUGACGAUGGGGAGGACAGGACCAGUCCGGUGGGAAAGAUGGCCAUGCAGCUGGUGGCGGCACAGAUGAUGUCCAUGGUGUGGAAUGGGCCCACAGGGCCCCAGCUUAUGAAGACCAGCACUGGUUAUACCCCCGUUGCUACUUCACAAAAGCCCAGAGUUCAGACCGAUGUCAAUCUUCCCCCUGUGAAGAAGAUGGCCCCCUCAGACAGUGUGGUUAAAGAACGCCUCUUCGUCAUAUUCAACCCUUCACCUCUUCCAGUCGAUGUGCUUGAAGAUGUGUUUUGUCGUUUUGGAUCUUUGGUUGAAGUGUACCUGGUUCCUGGGCGGAAUGUGGGUUAUAUGAAGUAUGCGGAUAGGAAACAUGCCAACGAUGCCAUGGCAGCCUUGCAUGGGAAGGUUGUGAACGGAGUGAAGAUGAAGGUGAUGUUGGCUGACCCACCAAAGGAAGAGUCUCACAAACGUCAGAGGACAUACUAACAUCCAGUGCAGAACUAGGUAAGUCAUCUCUCAGGGUAAGGUAUGGUAAUGAAGGCAAAAUUUAGUUUCAGCGCUAAAACCUUAUGUUAGUUGAAUCAAGUUAUUUGCUCUUUGGAAGAUGAUUUUCACCAGUACAAUUUUAUUUCUGUGAAAUGUUUUUCAAGGUUAUUUUUCUGGCUUAAUGUUGUUAAAUAUAAUGUCUUUCUCUCAACGACCACGGGCCCAGCGGACAGAUUCAUUGUUCUGGAGCCUCUUGCAGAUUUUAUGGAGCAUUUCUAGUGAUCAUAGACAAAUUUUCAUGGUAAUGCGGUCUUACCUUUUAGCAGAUACACCCUGCAGUAUGAUUAGAAAGGCAAAUAGUGGCUUCUUCAACAGUGAAAGGAUAUGACAUUUGAUAUAUUUUAACUUCUGCCAGCCUAUUUCAGGUAAUGUUGAUGGAAUGUCAAAGCUUGCUGAUAAAAUGUCAGAGCCAUGGUUCCUAUAUGAAAACUAGGAAAAUGAACCUUCGAGGUAUACAGACCAAGGUCUUGGUUUUAGUCAGUAUGGUUUUUGCUCUGAAGGUCUUUUCUGCCUAGUAGCAUGAUGACAUAAAACAGCAACCUUUAUGAAUGGCUUCUAUGAAUGUGUAACUAAAGUCACUUAACACUGUAGUAUAGGUUGUACUUGGACUUUGACAUACUGUUGAAGAAGAGAGACUGCAUAAGUGAGACAUCAUUGAUCUUGUAUAAUUUUGGGUAUAAUGUUUUUCUUCUUCCAGAGAUUUAAAUGACAUGACCUGCUACAUGACUGGACGGACAUAAAUGAUGACACGACCUCUAGCUAUGGACAGUGACUUCCAUACUUUUUGUUCUUGAUGUGGCUUAUAGUAGUGAGAUAAAUUUGAAGUAAUUUUCAGUAUUUUCAGUCAUUUUCAGUAUUUUAAGUUAUCAAUGUUCUAAUGCAGUCCAGUAGAGAAAACGUAAGGAGAGACCACCACAACAAUUUAGUGUCUCAUCUAUUUAUAAGAAAAAAAUAUAUGUAGAUAUAUUGUCCAUUGUAUGUGUUGAUAAUAAAAAACAAAACACAACA